AUGGCCUUGUCCGACGAACUUUGGCGCUUUGCAAGCGAGGGAUUUUAUCUCUUCGUACGCAUCUUCGGCGUUCUUAUCGGCUUGAUCUUGACGAUCCUGCUUUGUGCCGCUUUCGAGCACUACGCCACCUUGGCCAUUUGGGCAAGCGUUGGUUUUCUAACCCUUGGUGUUCGCCACCUGUGCGAGCAGACUACACAUGGCCUUCGGGCUCAGUGGCUUGCUCUACCAGACCGUGACAUCAAAAAGCCCAGGAUUCCUGAGGAGUCUGGUAUCGUCAGCCGAGUUAUACCCCCUUCGCCACCGGAUCAGGAGGUGUGCGACCCCAUUACCGAUUCCGAGGAUUCGUCCAAGGAUGAGAAUAAGAAGGAGAAGGCCCUUGUGGCCGAGCAGAAGAAUAUGAUCAAUCAGAUCAAGGCGAAUCACGCAAGAGAGAUGGCCAAGAUCCACGGCAGACACAGAGAAUUCCUGAAGCAGUAUCGACAGUCUUCUGAGUACAAGGACAAGGAGAUUGAGAGCCUCAAGAAGCGCGUCGGUGAGCUCGACUUUCACCUCAACUUCCUUGAGACGGAGCGAUUUCAUCGGCCGCAACUUGAGCCCGUCCCAACCGAUCUCUGCGACCAUAACUUCAAGACCCGUGGCCGGUACCCAACCAUGUCUGUCAGGCUGCCGAUGCUCGACUUUUCCCUCAAGGAUGUCGUCCGCCGUCGCAAGGCUGAGACGAAUAGCUCGUUCAACGUCACGAUUUACAGAAUGUACGACACGACGGUCCUGGCUGACGGCCCUGUUUCACUCGCCCAGUCUUCCCCCGAUGCCAGCAAGACCGUUGAACAGGUCAUCGAAAGUCCCAUCGUCGUCCCGUCUCCAGUCGUCCAGCCCGACCGGCCCCAGUCUUCUGUCCUGUCUCCCGUCUCGACUCCGCCGGCUACGCUCCCUGAGACUCCCUUGUCGCCUGCUAAGAGUCCGUCAGCCGCCGUCGCCAUCACAGAUACUCCUUUGCAUCGUCACAUCUCUCGUCAGUCUUUGAAACGAUCUCGUCUCAAGUAUCUGGUUAAGAAGCUGGCCCAGCUUCGCGCUAGUUUGAGCGCCAGGCCACAGGCUCAGUGCUCCGAGACCGAUCUUGCGUCGACUCCUGCAGAGUUACAGACCCAUGAUCUGCCGAAUUUGCCCAUCGAAUCUCCUUUCCCCCUUCGUCCUCGAGCUCUUCCUCCUCGAGUUCGUCGUCUUCGAGCUCGUCAGAACGUUCACAAGGCUUUCUCAGAGACGUCGUCGAGCCCUCCUUCCCUUAAUUCCGCCUCGCCUCCUCCUCUUGACCCCGCCUCGAUUCCGUUGCCUGCAUCACCCAUUCCCUCGAAAUUGGCCGCGCCUCUCCGUCCGAGCUCUCCGAUUGCUGCGCCAGAUUCCCCCGCACUUUCGGAUCUCCCGCCGCUGCCUAUCUCGGAUCUUGACUCAGAAGGCGAUGGCAAAGACGACCAUUCCGACAACGGAGGUAGUACGGUUGCUGUCAAGCAGCAGCAGAUGGUGAAGGCUUUGCCUGCUCCUCUGCCUGCUCAGCCGACUACUGUUCCGUCUGUCCCCGUGUCCGUCAUUGCCAGCUUCGUUAUUCCGGAUAAUCAGAUGGAUGUUGAUGACGAGACCAAGCAAAAGACGAAGGAAAAAGAGGAAGACGAGGGGGAUGAAAUGGAGCUGGACGAUUCGGAUCGCAUUCGGAUGACCUUGGACGAUUUGGAUCAAUGUCAGAUGGACUUGGACGAUUCAGUUCAAGUUCAAAGGGGUUUCGAGAUGCAAGAUGUCGACAUGGAAGACGAACCGAAACAAGAUGUCGAUAGGACAGAUGAACUGGGAGAGGAAGUCGACAUGACAGACGAGCUGGAAGAGGCUCAGGCACCGACAAGCCGUGAUAUCGACAUGAGCGACGACCUUAUUCAUCCCACUGACGCUGGCAAUGCCGGCGGCAACGAUGAGAUGGACCUCGAUCUUGAACAUCAGACCAAACUCCAAGUUGCCGCCUUGUUGUCCGGAAACCCCUCUCCUGCGAAUACCUCUCAGACAUCGCGGCAGCAAAUCCUCGUCCAGCCCGGCGGAGUAACUCCCUCGACUCCUGAGCUUCAUCCUAAGAACACCAAGAAGAUUAGGAUCAAGUUCAUUCAACGUCGACAAGACACUCCCUCGGUGGAGUCAAAGAGCUCACAAAAACUCAUUGGUGACACUGAUGAGGACGACUUCAACCAGGAUGAGUACUUCGUUCAACCCCGACAAGCCAGCGCCUCAGCAGAACAAGAGAACUCAAAGGGAUCCAUUGGUAACGCUAAUGAGUACGACUCUGACCUGGCUGAACCUGAAAAGGCCCAGGUGAGUAUCGAGCUUGUUCAACGUCGGCGGACCAUUCCCACGGUGGAUUCGGAGAGGUUGCGGAAGUCCGUUACUGCCAAUGAGGACAAGCCCGACCAAAAGGCUCCUUCGACGCCACAACCUGAGCCUGAAAAGACUGAAACGAAAGUCAAGAUCGUUGAACGUCAGCAGGCCAGUCCAACAGAAGAACCGGAGAUAUUGCAGACCACAUCCAAUGGUACACCCAGCCAUUUUCAGGCCGGGAAUGUUACCCCUUCGACCCCGGUGCCCAAGGUCAAACAGCCUGAAGGAAAGAUCAUCAUCUUCCGACGAAAGCCAGCCAAUCCUAUGAUGCCCCGGAAGAAGACCUCCAAAAGUCCAUGUGUAAAAGGUCUCAAGCAACAGAACGCGAAGUCCAUGCUCCAGGUCGGAACAUCGCCUUCCUUAUCCGUACAAGCCCCACCAAACCUGACCAGCGGCUCUCCGUCCGAAGGAAGAAUCCGUCUGUUCCAGAUGACUGCGCUUCAAAAUACCUUGUCGCUUACUACGGCCCAAUCUCUGCAGCAGCCCCAGCUGUUUCCAGAUCGUCCAGCCCGCAAGCAUAAAUUCGAAGAGGUAGACGCGGUCGACGAGAACUGGGACGGAGACAUUGACCUCGACGGACCCCCUCGCAAGAUCGCACCCUUGCCCGCGAGAGCUCAAAAAGGCCCAUCGGCUGUCGACGAAGAGACGCGCCGCCGACUUGCUCUAGAGGCAAAGAGGCGUUGGGUACUCGUACAGGAGCAGACCGCCAUUUCCAGACUUGACCCCAUCGUGGAGCACCCCAGGAGCAGACCACCGCCUCAGGUAGCGUCUGAAGAAGUGUCCUCCCGAGACGAUCGUCUACUGUUGUUUGAAUCCCCUGAGCUGAGACAAGAGCUACUUCACAAGCUCCAGGUUCUGUGGCCAAUCUUGCCGAAGGACGAGGUUGAUCGGAUACGACUGAACAAGCUGAGGUCAUGGGCACUCGCGGAGUGGCGCAAGCUUCUGAACCCGGCAGGCAAAGACAAGCUCCCGGCAAACACCUACAUAUCCAUGGACUCAUUCGAGCGCGAAGUGGGUAAGUGGAUGCAGCGAGUCGUCAACAUGAUGGUUGAGUUGAACGUUGUUCGUGAGGUGAACCCCGUUCUAUGGAAUUGGAGAGAGCUUGUGGUCCAACAAGGACCUCGUCCCGAACCGGAGGUGAAAGGCAAUAAGUGA